GGAGUGUGUGUGUGCAUCCAGAAUCAUCGCAGUGGACGAGGGUGAGGAAGGUGGUGGCUCAGUGGGGAGUUGACUGCGGCACCAUGAUUGAUGAAGCGAGAGAGGAGAGAGAAAGCAAAAAGAGGAGAGAGCGUGCAUGCAGUAGCGGCAGCAGAGCAGAAGCAGAAGAAGUAGAGCAUUGGGUCCUCUAACCUCCUCCUCUCUCCUCUCCCCUCCUGCUUCUUCUGAUGAUGCCUGUUGCAGGCGACGGCGACGCUGGAGCCAUGAUUGAGCUCAUGCCCAUCUCGGAUCCCCCGGCACUGCCUCAGUCGCCUGUGUCUCUUCUGAUACUGCUUCUUCUUCUUCUUCUGUCAGAGACUCUUUCCGAAGCUUCUGUGAUCACCCCCAGCUCCCGCCGAGCCUACAGGUGCUGCACUGGCUUUGUGGCAUGGCCUAGCUGCGUCUGUGCCUCCCUUUUGGACCCAAUGCCUAUCGCUUUCGAAGCUGCCGUGUAUGUGUUCAGUGUAAUGCUUGGGUCUUCGAUAUGGUUCAUCAGUGGCCAUUACCACAGCGAACCAAUGCGCCUUUCGGGGAUGAAUAUGUCAUGUGGCACAGUGGAACCUCGGCGAUGCUGCAAGUAAAUGAUAUGGGUAGAAAAUAACUGGAGUUUAAAGAAGAGGGUUGUGGUGUUUAGGGUACCCGCUCUGCAGGUUUCCAACUCGUAGCAGGGUGGAAUCUAGUGCUGGAACAGAGGUUGCGGUGAAUUCAUCGAUGGUGUCUCCAUCGCUUCAUGUGACAGAAGAAUCACCUCAGCCAGGGGUAAACUUUGCCAAUCCACUCGAGGUGAAUCAGCAGUUCAUAGCCUUAGUUAUCCACGCCGCUGUGGUACGUUUUCAUGCAUGCUCUACAGAGACGCCUGGCUUUGAAUCUCACCUUCCCAUCAGAGGAAAGCAACCAGUUACGUCCCAUGACUUGUCGCGAGGGAUUCCUGUCCUCUGAACAUGAAUUUUAACUAUGAUUCAAUAGCUAGCGUAGAGGCCCGGGUGAUAUGUCCGUUUCUACUUUGGACUCUUUUAUUUACAGGCUGUUUCGAUGCACGCUCUUUCAUCUCUUCAUUUGUGGGUUAGCUACGUCUAGUCUAGUUAUGAGGCUACUGUAGAGUUGGGGAAAAUGGCGCUGUGUGAGGGCAGGAGACCAGCUGCAUCUUGAAAGGAAAGAUGCCUGUCUCUUCUUCCGCCUCGCUCUCUGUGCCUCCCACUUCUGACUGUCUGUCCAUCAGAUGUCAGGUCGGUGCCACUCCCGAGAGCCUCCUCAGCGCAGUUGCAGUGGCAGGGAGGAGGAGGAGAAAUUCCGGAGCUACAAUGAGCUACUAUGCGAUGAUCAGCUGGAUGAAGAUGUCAAUGAUGAGAUAAAUGGGUUUAACUAGCUGUGGUGAAGUUGGAGUAGCUAAUACGCCUUCCAGGGCAAGGCCACCCACAACAGACAAGCUGCUAGCGUUCGCAGUCCGGCGGCCUGGAAGUUAAAUGAUCAGGGAGGCUGGUCGCAGGAGAAGCUUUGACUCGUGCACAGCAGCUCAAGUACAAGCGUGAACAAAGGUUAAAUAGUCAAAUCCACUGCAACCACCGAGGACGACCGGAAGUUUUCUCGUCUUCCUCGUUGGCCAAGUCAAGUCAUGACACACAAUUGGCCCUGUGAAACCUAGAACCAGAGUAUGAGUGAGGAUCGAAAGGGUUUUAGCUGUGGAAAUUCGAGUGACGAUAGAACCCAGUGCCAUUACAACCACAAUGACCGGUUGAUGUAAGUUGUCUGGCCGCUUUUUGUCAUUUGAUCGGACCUUGGCCUAUCGAGCUCGGUACCAAACGACGCUAGAAACCUCAGUGGGCGGUCUGACGGCUCCACAAGAAAGACACACAGCUCCUUUAAUACGCAUCACCUCCAUUCCCUAUCAAACUUGUGCACCGUAUUUUGUAUUCAACUGAACCAGUUCACGGCCUGGAGAUGACGCGCCUGACAUAGCCACGCCUCUUCGCGCUGACAAUUCUCGCAGCUUGCUUGCGAUGUUGCGACGUUGCUGAUCAGCUCAGCUGGACACGAUCAGUUUGCUUCGCCUAAUUCCCGUUGACAGUGUCAGAGCUGUCGGUCGGUUCUGGAGCACGCACCGUCGAUCCAGCUCGCACUUCAGGAUUUCAAAACAGUCAGAGAGAGGCCCCGUUUACAGACGAUUUGAGUCGGUGUGUGAGAUAGGGUAUUCUGGGAGGUGGGGCAGAGCCAACAUGUCAGUCGUUGUGGUUGCUUGCUUGAUCAGCUUGGCGCUUUUAGCUUCCUGUCCUGCUUCGGCUGCUGCACGAAUCGGUCCAGCUGGCACGCCCUCCGUGGAGACGAUGAUUCCUUAUCAGGAGCGAACAUCAACAUCUGCUCAAGAUAAGCAGGAGGUGGUAGAAACAAAUAUCAAGAUAAUACAGAGAAUGAAUAUAAGAGCACCCCAAGAUGCAGACUCAAUUUUUGAUUUCCAGGGGAAGAAUGCUGGCAGCAGCUGCAUCAGAAGAAGGGGUCUUGUGGGGUCGUCUCCUCCCACUUGUCGAUCAAAAUGCGGGAGGUGCACGCCUUGCAAGGCAGUGCACGUUGCCAUCGGCAGCCCCCAUGGGGUUAUCUCAGAGACGGAGUAUUAUCCUGAGGUAUGGCGCUGUCAGUGCGGUAACAGGUACUACAUGCCAUAAAUCAAAUUCAUGGAAUACCAAUUCCAUCGCAUUAAAUUUUGACUAGAUGCUGUAAUAUACUUUUUAAGGCGUAUGAGGUCCUGCCUCAGUGUGGUCUAAAGGAGGGGUACACAGACAACAUGAGGAAUUCAGCCAGAUCCGCUUCAGAUCAGGUGGCGUUUGGAAUAAGAGGCGUCACCCAGCAUAACUUGAUGUAUGAGGAGCCACCACCGUUAAUCGGGCUUUGCGGAUGAUUUAGCAGCUGGGUCCCCCAACACCUACAAUGAGAGUAAGUUGUCGAUGAUUUCUUCUGGCAGUGCUGAUCUCCUCUGCUGUCAGGCAAUCAGAAUAUAGUUUGAUUGGGUAUGUAGUUCAACAGAAAACUAGAACCUAGACGAAUUAACGUAUUGGUAUGCAUAGUACUAUUUGCGUUGUAUAGCUUUUAAAAGGUACAGACAGCUCAACAUUAGAAUUAUUCAGAGUUCCCUGGCUGGGAUGUUAAGUUCCACACAAUUCUGUAAAAACCAGCUACUUUUGUGACAAGUAAACUUGGAGUGCAACAAAAA